UCAGAAUGAUCUUUAUUGCCAAGUAUCCUUGCAUACACAAAUAAUUUUUUUGGGUGAUAGGAGAAAAAAGUGCACUCAGAACAUUACAGUGAGACACAGAAUAUAAAACAAGGAAAGAGUAUAAAUAGACAUACAAAUAAUAGGACAUAUAACAUAGAAUGGCAUAUGUACAUGUGAAAUUGGUAAUGUACAGGGUUGGGGAGUAACAGAAUACAUGUAACAGGAAUACGUAUUUAAAAUACAAAAUAUAAGUAACUGUAUUCCACUAGAGUUACAAUUUAAAUCAUUGGUAAUUAAAAUACAGUUACAUUCAAAAAGUAUUUUGAUUACUGAAGAGAUUACUUUGCAUUUUAUUGUCAUUUGUUUCAUUUAAUAUUUAGUGCUUUCAGAUGGAAAACAUUUAUACAUAUAAAUGAUGCGAUCCAAAGUGCAUUUGAACAGCAGUGAAACACUUUCUUAUGAUGUGUUUCAUUCAUACGAGCAGACACUUAAAGUACAUUUGAAGUAAUUUUGGAUCACAAGAAAUAGAAAUAAACCUUGUGUAAAUUGUCAGUUUUACGCUAAGCUAAAAUGCUAUUUCUAGCCAUUUUAAAUGCACAAUACCAGGCACGAUCAUACUUUUUUAUCAAGAAAAUUCACGUUGGAUCAUAAUAUUUUUCUAGUAAGACCUGUGAUAUUAGGGCAAAAAUCGUAUUCUUUUUCACCCAAUUUGGAAUGCCCAAUUCCCAGUGUGAUUUUAAGUCCUCGUGGUGGCAUAGUGAUUUGCCACAAUCUGGGUGAUGGAGGAUGAAUCCCAGCUGCCUCCGCGUCUGAGACCAUCAACCUGCACAUCUUAUCACAUGGCUUGUUGAGCACGUUGCCACGAAGACAUAGCGUGUGUGGAGGCUUCACGCCAUCCACCGCGGCAUCCGCACUCAACUCACCACACACCCCACUGAAAACAAACCACAUUAUAGCAACCAUGAGGAGGUUACCCCAUGUGACUCUACCCACCCUAGCAACUGGGCCAAUUUGGUUGCUUAGGAGACCUGGCUGGAGUCAAUCAGCACGCCCUGGGAUUCCAACUAGCGAACUAGCGAACUCCAGGGGUGGUAGCCAGCGUCUUUUACCACUGAACUACCCGGGCCCCAUCAAAAAUCGCAUUCUUGAUAAUAUUUUUUUGUACUGUUUUUCUGUAAAUAAAUCCAUAAAUCCUUAAAACAAGAUCAAUUUGAUUUAUCUUGUUUUAGAAACAACACUGCAUAAGAUAUUUGUUUUUCAGAGAAUGGAUUUUUAACAUGUGUAUUUUGUCUUACUGUACUGGCAGAGUUUUUAUAGUCAAAACAAGUGAAAAAAUCUACCAGUGCUGAAGAAGUAAUCCAAAGUAUUUAGAAUACGUUACUGACCUUGAGUAAUCUAACAGAAUACGUUACAAAUGACAUUUUACAGCAUGUAUUAUGUAAUCUGUAGUGGACUACAUUUCAAAAGUAACUCUCCCAACCCUGGUAAUGUAUGUGCAGGUAGGGGUAUGUACAGUAAUUGAAUUAAAUCUGAGUGAAUUUACAUAUGUACAUGAGAUAUUUAUUUACAUUAUUGCACUAUGGGGGAGUCCAGAGGCAGUUUAAUUGUUCAUGUGGAAAAUUGCCCGAGGGUAAAAACUGUUCUUGUGCCUCUUGCGCUCAGUGCUCUGUAGCGCCGGCCAGAGGGCAACAGUUCAAAGAGGGAGUGGGCAGGGUGUGUGGGGUCCAGAGUGAUUCUUCCUGCACGUUUCCUCACUCUGGAGACCUACAGGUCUUGGAAGGUGGGCAGGGGGGCACCAAUAAUCCUCUCAGCAGUCCUGACUGUCCGUUGUCCUGUCUGAUUUGGUACACUCUUGGUACUCUCCAUUUGGAUUUGGUACACUCGAAAGAUACACCCUUCAAUAAAUAUUACAAUGGACUUUUUUAAGUAUCAAUAAAAUCGCCUGAAUUUCCCUAAUUGGUAUUUGAAUAAAAGUAAACAGACUUCUCUCAUUAAUUCUUCCGGCGUGGCUGUUCACUGAUACACUAGGUGGCACUGUUUAUCUGUCACUCAAGAGCAUUCAGCUGCAGAAGAAGCCACUUCGCGUCGCAGAAUGGCAGCUUUCAUGAGAGGGCACUAGCAGUAUGUCCGUGCAUUUUGAGGAGAGGAGCGGUGUGAUCCCGUGUAAAACAGCAUGGGGCUCGUGGUAUCAGACUAUGGAAGAAGUCUUUAUCGAAGUCAAUGUUCCUCUUGGUACUUCAGCCAAAGAGGUCAAGUGUAACAUCGGGAGUAAACAGAUAGAGCUUCAUGUAAAAGGCCAACAAAUAUUCAAGGGAAAGCUGUUAGGAUCCACAGUUGGUGAUGAAGCUACAUGGACAUUAGAGGACAAAAAAUUGAUCCGGAUAGUUCUAAUGAAAACAAAUCGAGAGGCUGGGAACUGCUGGCAGUCUCUGUUAGAAGGAGAGUAUGCAGCUGAUCCAUGGGUGCAGGAUCAGAUGCAAAGAAAACUCACACUUGAGAGAUUCCAGAGAGAGGUAUGGUCAAUAUCUUCAGCCGAUAUUUAAUAGAACAUUCCAACGGUCACAGUUAAUUCAAGAGUGGUGUAAAAUGUAUCGCCCCCUUUAUAGGAAACUUUGGGCAAAUUUGGUCUUAUGACCAUGUGUAUAUAUAUAUAUAUAUAUAUAUAUAUGUGUGUGUGCAGUUGCCAGUGAACUUGAAGUGAUUAGCAUUUUUGUUUUGUAAACUGUUUUGCUAAUUUUUUUUUUUCUACAUGACCAGUCAAAUGAGUUCUGUAAAAGCAAAAUUACCCAGGUCUAUAAUAUAUGUAGGUUGCCAAUGAAUAAAACCAUGUAAAUUAUCAAGAAAAUGUUUAUCCAUGAUUUAUUAAAGGAUUUGCCCAGAAAUGAUGCAGUAGGGGUAAAGUUUGUCAGAUGCUUUGGUGUAAGCUGGGGCUUUCCUUCAACCUUGAUGUUUCUGAUGUGGAAUAAUGUUUUUUUUUUUUUUUUUUAACUAUAAAACAUUCUGAAUAUUAAACAUUUUCCAGGCUGGUAUAUGGAUAUUUUUAGGGAAAUGCAAAUAAUGUGAAGCAAAAUUAGACUCUGGAUUUUUUAUUAAAAAAAAAUAAACGAAUCAGCAACCUUUUUAUAUUUUCUAAGUCUUAUAAAUUGGUGGAAUUAAAAAAAAAAAAAAAAAAAAAAAAGCUAUCAGAACUGCGAUGGGGUUUGUAUUACAGCUGCUGAGAGAGUGACAGUAAAUUUGGCCUUUUUCUCUUUUCUGACUGCAGUCAUAACGGUUGGUAAAAUAUUUGCUGUGGUCACCCAUUCACCACUAUACAAGUUUACCAUCUUCUGGAAUGUGAAAAGGGUCUAUUGUUCCAAUUAAUAGGACACAACCUGAAAUACUGAAGAUUUAGACAUUAGUUUUACCUCUAACAACUUUCUCCUUGCCUGAAGGACAACUAAAUACAAGUGCCACAUUUUACCCUAACUGGAAACCUUUUGAGACUUUAUAAAUGGUCUCCAAUAAAAAUACAUACUAUUUUAUGCAUUGAGUUUUUUUCCCUCCCCCCAUUUCAAAUAGAAUCCUGGUUUUGACUUUAGCAGGGCAGAGAUCUCUGGGAACUUUCAAGGUGGUGGACCAGAUUUCUCAAGUUUGCAAAAAUAAAAUGGACUGCAGUCACUUGUGAAUUGAGUCUCAACCACUCAAAACAGCACUAAGUUUCUUUAUUGAAUACAGUUAAUCUAGAAAUAAGUCACAACUUCUGGCAGUUGAUAUUAAGCCAUAAUCUGUUACAAGCAGCCUUUUGAGUAAAGCCUUUGCUGUUCUUAAGUUUUAGAAAUGUCAAGCUUAAGUUUUUUUUUUUUUUUUCCCCUCUACCACAGG